AAAUCGGCGAAGUACUUCCGGUGAUUUUUUUCUGAGAUAACCAAAUACCAUAAACUAACUCUAACACAGAUAGGGAAACUAAUAAGAAAGUUGUGUCACGCUUUUUGGCACGCAUGACGUUAUGACUGAAUUAACCAUAGGCAUUUAUCGGCCGACGAUAUACACAUGCGUUAAUCAGCUGUGCCGGCACUACGGCUUGCGUACUAACCUGCUACUGCUGUAGGUAGCGCUAGGCUGCUACCUGGUUGCUACUCAAAGACUCCUUUCUGCUUGUGACAGCGAAAUCUGUGUAAGCAUCUGGCGCUUUGAAAGUGGUUACCCAAUGAUUAAAUAUUAUUAUUUAUUUGAAAUUUGAUUCUGUGAUAAUUAUGUAUCGUUAAAAAUGAACAGUCUUGGUUUGAGUUUGAUUUUAAAAAUGGGGUGCAUUUGCGCCAAGGAAACAUUCACUGUUAAUGGGAGGAAAUACACUGUGCGUGAACAUCUUGGAGAAGGAGGAUUCAGUACCGUCUCUUUGGUCGAGGAUUCUCUUACGCAUAAAAAAUAUGCCGUCAAGAAGAUUGUCUGCCACGGACCGGAGGACCAAAGAUUGGCCUUGAAAGAAAUAGAAUACCAUACAAUUAUAAAACACCCAAAUGUCAUAGAAUGCAUUGAUUCAACACACAAAGGCACUGCUGAUCCAGUAGUUAAUGCUACUAGUGAAGUGCUGCUCAUUUUACCCUAUUAUCAUAAAGGCACUUUGGCCAACGAAUUGGAGCGGCGAGGAAAAUCAUCCGACUACAUGAAUCCUAACGAAAUUCUUGAGAUAUUUUUACAAAUAUGUGACGGAGUCAAGGCGUUCCAUGAAGCUAAGCCCGAGCCUUUAGCGCACAGGGAUUUGAAAACUGCAAACAUUGUUCUUGGCGAAGGGCUUACCCCAGUGAUUAUGGAUUUGGGAUCAGUAGCACAAGCCCGGAUCAAAGUAUGCGGAGCACAUACGGCGCAAACAUUACAGGACGUUGCCGCUGAAAGGUGCUCGAUGCCUUAUAGAGCACCAGAAUUAUUUAAUGUAGACAGUUACUGUAUGAUUGAUGAGAGGACGGAUAUUUGGGAUAUUCAGCAAUUAAUUCUUUCGAUGUUGAAAGCUAAUCCAAUGGAAAGACCUUACAUCUAUAGCGUUAUUGAACACGCACACGACGUUUUGGCAAAACUAGAGGGCAGGGUCUAAUCCUUAUCGAAGACUAUGCCAACUAAUUUUCCUGUAAAUGAUUGCAAUGACGAUGGAUUACUUGGAUAUUUUCCUAAAAAGAAUAACGAAAAUUAAAAUUUUCAAAUUCGGUAAAGACUAAACGACCAUCCAGGAUAUCUUAUUCCAACAACGUUGGACAGUAACCAAGAAUUGAUCAAACUGACGAUUCAGUUACGGAUAUUCAUUCAGUACGGUGCAAUUCAUGCCUGAGAUGAAUGAAUGUACUAUAAAUAUCAUUAAGAAUGUUAUUCCUGUUCAUGAUCACAGAGCGAUGAAACUGUCGGAGAGUUAAAUCAAUUAUUGAACGGAAAAUAUUUUUUCACAAAAUCGAAAAAAUAAGAUUGGUUAAUGUAGUACACACAUUCCAUGCUGUAAGAUUUAUUGAGCGAUAUAUAUUAUGUAAUAUAAUAUAAUUGAUAAACAUAUUUUAAUAUAUAAUUCCGAGAAAAAAAAAUAUCAUUCUUUGAAGCAAUUUACAAUUAGCGUCCUUUCGCCAGUUUAAUUUAUAACGGGUGAAAGAUCAUCAGACAUUUUAGAAACUGUACGUGUAAGUUCAGUUAUCGUGGAAGCUUAAAGCAUAUACUAUAGGAGGUAGCCGCGCAUGUACAAAAAGUGUGGCGGAGGGGUAAGGGAGAGAGAUGCCAUUAUAAACUGUUUCUCUCGCUCUGUACCUGAUUCGUCGAUACGUUUCCUCUCAGCCAUUCAAAUGCAAAGUGAGAGAGACAGAGUAUUCCUAGUAUAUAUCUCCUUCUCUCAUCACUUCGGUUUCAAUUUUCGCUAGGUAGACGCAGCCCCCUGACACACGCUGCUAAAAGUGGUUCGCAAAAUGUCCCUCGAUUCUGCCGCCAAUUUCCACUACUAGUAGCGCUAGUAGUUACCUGACGAGCUUGCGCGCGGUCAGCAAGGGCAGCGAGCGUGUCAGAAGUCAACUAGCGCAGGGUAGAGGAACUAAAAAACUGGGACAAAACGCGUACAAUUUUUUAGUAUACGAGCAGUGGUGGGUGUCAGGGGGCUGGGUUGACGGCAUGGGUGGCAGCUACCUAUAGUAGUAUCUGAGGAUGAAAGUCUCCAAACGCUGCGUAAUAGUUAGACAAAGUUCGAUAAGUCAAGCAUUUUCGAUCUUAAGAAGUCUACUAUCUUGUUUGGCAGUUAGUCAAUGACGGUGUCAUGGAGACUAGAGGUAAGGAUCCGAACGCAAUGCUAGCAAAAUGACUGUGAAAGUGAUGAACGAUCCGCGGGAUGUACCUGCCUGGCAGCGCUACCACUGCGGGCUCCGUCAGCGCGGUGAUCAUGAAGCCUAGAGUAUAGAGGCCGAACGCCUAUAGGAAAAGUAUUGUUACAAAGGGUGAAAUCACCCGUUUUGCCCACUUUUAAUGAUCUAGUAGUCAUCAUAGAUAAAAGACGUUUAUAAACCUCUUAUGUCUUUAAAAAGAAUAAGGUUGCUGCGUCAACCAACAUUAUUGUAAAAACAGUCUUGUUUCAGACUUGAAACCAGAAACAUGUACCCUGCAAUUAAAGCUUUUUCACGACAUGUA